AUGUGUGCAGUGGCAGCACUGAAAAAGGCAACUGGAGUGCAUGGUCACAGAGUAGGUUCCAGGGUAAUGAUUGUCAAUCAAAAUGAGUUGAAAACAAAGUGGAGAGGCUUGGGCCGAAGCUCUUCAUUCAUCGAGGACGUGGUGUGGAUCAAUGUGCUGGGACUCAUGAACGCCCACAUCGCAGCUGGGUGGCAGAUGAUCAAGCAGGGCUCCGGUGGGUGCAUCCUUGGUGCUGGCUCAAUAGCAUCGUAUCAUACAGCGGGUUGUCUAACAUCUCACGAGGGCAUCAGCGUUGGUGAGGCGGAGGCUCAACACGUGAAAAAUGAUGUGCUGCUCAGGCGCAUACAGGAGGCUGAGGAUGUCGCGAAGCUGGUUACGUUCUUGGCAUCGGAUGAGGCAGAAUGCCUCACUGGUCAGAUGAUCAAGACAUGCGGUGUCCCACCACAAACAAUGUCUAACGAGCCACGAGCUUCGGAAGGACAUGAAUCUGAUCCAUAUUUCUAUGGUGCAGCUGCACGCGCACGUUAG